AUGCUCGGUAUUUUUUAUUCGUCAUAACAGACCUACUAAUAAUCUCGAAUUCUAAAUGAAAUAGGAGAGAGAGGAGGAAAUGGAGGAAAAGGGGGAAACGGAGGUAACGGAGGAAAAGGAGGAAACGGAGGAAAAGGAGGUCAAAAUGGUUAUGAACACAACAAUGGUUCAAAUCACAACGAUGAUAAUGACAAAAAUUCUCAUCAUCAAUAAUAAAAUCAACCUUCAACAUAAUAAUAACCUUAAUAGCCAUAUCAACCGUAACAUCCAUAUUAGCCUUAACAUCCAUAGUAGCCAUAAUAGCCUUAAUAACCAUAGUAGCCAUAAUAACCAUAAUAACCUUAAUAACCAUAAUAACCUUAAUAACCAUAAUAGCCUUAAUAGCCACAAUAGCCUUAAUAACCAUCUUAGCCUUAAUAACCAUCGUAGCCUUAACAACCAUAAUAAUCGUAAUAACCAUAAAAACCAGAAGUACCAUAAGAACCUUAAUUUGUUGAUUCUUCGGAAGAGUGGAAUGAAAAUAAUAAUUAAGAGAGUUCUACUUAAAAUUCAAAUAAUCCAUAAUAAAAUGACAAUAAUACAAAAGAUCCUUAAUAUGUACCAAAUGAGAAUGAUACAAAUUCAGAAAAUGCUAGUUUGAACAAUGUAAUGAUCGAAAAGUUUAUUGAGGAGGAUAUACGAAAUAAGAUUGAGACAUCUGAAGUUGAGAAGCAGAUAGAGAUAAGGAAUUCAGGAGCAGAUUUAAUUUUAUCAUUUGCUUUAAUGAUAAUUUGGAUAUGA